UCGACUAUAAAACAGUUUGCGGCUGCCAAUUGACUUUUGUUUUCGUUUGCGUCUGGUCUCGUCUGGUUGUCUGGUUGGACAAUUCGGCGACUACAGUCUAAAAACCGUGCUGUGCAGUGUGAUUCCAAAAAAGCAAGCAAAGAUGAAAGUCACCCUCGCGUUAGCGACUUUCUGCGUGGUGGCAGCCUGCGCCAAUGCGGCCAGAACCACCACAACCACAGCGACCAAGCCUGGUCGCUUCCUCUCACUGCCCGUGCCCGCCAAGUGCGCCAGCCGUCCCAAGGAGUUCUCCUAUCGCGGCAAAAACAUGUUCCUAACCACCCACGUGCCCGCCCUGGCCAACAAGAAGGUCGACUGGCUCGAUGGCCGUAACCUGUGCCGCGAAUACUGCAUGGAUCUGGUCGCCUUGGAGACCCAAGAGAAGAACAACCUGAUCUUCCGUGUCAUCCAGCAGAACGAUGUGCCCUACAUCUGGACCGCCGGUCGCAUCUGCGAUUUCGCUGGCUGCGAGAACCGUCCCGAUCUGGAGCCCAAGAACGUGUACGGAUGGUUCUGGUCCGCAACCCGCGAGAAGAUCCAGGCCACCAACCGCAUUCCUCAGGGAUGGGGCUACAACCCCUGGUCCCAGACCGGACACAAGAAGCGCCCACAGCCCGACAACGCUGAAUACGACAUUAACCAGACCAAGGAGCAGUGCCUGUCCGUCCUGAACAACGUGUACAACGAUGGCAUCGCCUGGCACGACGUUGCCUGCUACCACGAGAAGCCCGUCAUCUGCGAGGACAACGAGGAGCUGCUGCGCUAUGUGGCGGCCACGAAUCCCGGAAUCCGUCUAUAAGCGGCUCACGGGGCGUUCGCUGUUUGCCUAAUUUUAAAGCUACUUAUUAUAAUAUUCCUUAAACGAGUUUUUGUAUAAUUUUUGUUUGUAUGUGUACGACGAAAACGGAAGAAAGCAAGACAAAUAGACUUUAGAAUUUACAAAUCCCCGAUCUUACCGUAUCACCUAUAAUACUGAUCACUGAUACUGUCAUCACACUACACACCCCAGCACCCAGUCACACCUCCUCUCUAUCUCUAUCUUGAAACUGCCAAUUUUACGCGUAGAAUUUCAUUCCGUUGUAAUCAAUUGAGUCGUUUCCCGACAAAAACUUGAAUAUUUAUAAGCAAUCCUCAAUUGCAACAAAUUCGGAGAAUCUCUUUAGUAUUUUGUUUGAGACACUCACGUUUUUCCCACAAAGAGAUUCAAUAAAAUUUUUAUAAAGAUACCAUAAAAAAAAAUCAA